AUGGAUGCUAUAAUGAAAUUGUAGAAGUAAAAUAAGAAAUAGAAUUAUGAAUUGAAUCUAUUAUGGCAAUAAUUAUAUGAGAUGCAAUUCAAAUUUGUAAAUCUAUAUUAAUUCAUUUAGUAAUAAAGAAAUAAUCCCUAAAAGCAAAGUUAUGAAGACAGAUUUUCCUAUUCAAUCUUUUUAAGUGUUUUACCAUUUCUUUAUUUACAUGAUAUUUUGAAAUUGAGAUUAAUGAACAGGAAUAUGAAGGAAAUAAUAACCAAUUAUUUAUUAUAUUAUCGGUUAGAGUAAAAGAAGGCAAUUUAAUAUUUGGAAGUUGAAAUUUAAGAAGAAAAAGAAAAGCUUCCAAUAUUAUAUUAUGAGAUUUUAGAAGAUUUAAUACAAAAAUCUAAAGAUUAAGUUUAGGAAAUAAUUAAGUUAAAUUAUAAGGGAAUUAAAUAAAUGCCAACUUACACACCUUUAUUAGUAAUGCAAGUGGCAGAAUGUGAGGGAAUAGAUCUAUUUAAAAUAAUACCAGAAGAAUUAAUAAAAAUGAAAAAUUAUUUAAUAUUUCUUGAUUUUAGUAAAUAUACAGAUUAGAAAAGAAAUUAACUUUUAGAAUUUUAUGAAAUGAAGCUACAAUAAACAAAUUAAAUGGAAUAAUAAAUGAAUAUAAUUGAUAAAUCUGAAGUAAUCUUUUCUAGAAUGGCUAAAAUGUGGUUAAAAUAGACCUACUAUUAAGACACAUAUCAAUAAUAUAGAUUAAUUAUGAUAAUCAUAAAAAAGAAGGAAAAUUUAGAAUAGUAGGUUAGAUAAUUGAAAAUGAUUAAGAAAAAGAAGGAAAAGUAGAGAGAGUAGGUUUAAUGA